AUGGGGGCAAGUGGCUUGGCCGCAGGAGAGAACGAGAGAGAGGAUGCAUCCAAGGGCUUGCUUGCUGUCAAGCCGUUGAUACAGCCGCAGCAGCAUGCGCGGAGGCAGAGUGUUAGGCAGUGGACGGUCGCUAAAUCCUGUUCCGCCAAAGCCACCGCCCAAGGGCUGUUCCUCGAAUGCUAUAUCCCCGUCUGCCAGCAGCGUCUCCCUAGCCUCACAGGCGUCAAACUCGCAGGUCUCGUAACGCUCUUGCAGCUGAACAGACACCUAGACGAUGUGCACCGGAAUCUCGAGGAUGAACAGCAAGUGGAGGUGAAGGACUGGUUUCAGACGCAGGUCGACAAGGCUAAACGAUUUCAACCUCUCGCCGUGCUAAAUCAGAAGCUUAAGGGCCUAGAGGUUUUUGAAUCCAACUACAAUACACAACCUCUACCGCCAUCAGCCCGACCUACCGCCGAAAGCUCCGUUUCGGAAUCUCCCAAGCCAAUCGAUGCUGAUGAUUUGAUAACAAAAUCUCACUGGCAACAGCGGUCGGGCCAUGACGUUUGCUUAGAGCCUAUGUGUGAGAAACGGCUCACGGUGACCAAUGGAUGCAUCAACUGCCGAAAAUGUGGCCGUCUGUUUUGCGAGGAUCACACAAUGUACCAGAUGAAGUUGUCAAGGUCUGCACAACAUGAACCGGUCCGUGGAUUUUGGUGCAGGGUCUGUGAAACCUGCUACAAAUCGAGGGAGGGUUAUAUCGAUUUUACCGGGGCGGAACGUGAUCACUCAGAGACAUUCAAAGCUCUUCGGAAACCUACAGUCGACAAGGCAUUCCUUGAAAUUUCGAGUCUAAAAGAUGGUCUAUCGGUUGGCAGAACGAUCAAAAGAAAAUGCUUGAGCAAUCUGUCGUUAGUUGGCAAGAUGACGCGGAGGUUUCAAACUGUCCGUUUUGUCAGCAAGAGUUCUCUGCGUAUAUCUUUCGAAGACACCAUUGCAGAACGUGUGGGAGGGUUAGACCCCGAAAAUCCCCCGGAACCAGCCCAACUUACCGAGGCGUCCAAAGUCCGCAAACGACUCAUGGAUUCCUUCGCCCAAUACGAUGUAGCCGCAAGGCGUAUUCGCGACCACCCGACGCAAUCCCCAACACAGACCAAGCUCCAACAAGCAAUAUAUCGCCAAGCCACAGGCUUUCUUCACCUCCACAUGCUCCCGCUCAAAACGCUCCCUAAAAUCCUAAAACAUGCCACCCCCCAUGGGAGACAUUUCAAUAGUUUCGAUUCGUCAUCUUCAGAUGGCAGACGCAUUAACGGAGGAGCCGGCUCCGCUCAGCCUCGUUCCCUGGCCGCCAUCAAGUAUGGCAACCCCGAACAAGGGGGCAGCAGUACUAGCUUGGCUAGUAACAAUAGUAGUGCAAUCUCGGCUCUUGAAGCCGAAGAGAAAGAACUGCGUGAUCGGCUAAUUGUCCUCGAGGAACAGCGGUUCUUCGUCUCAGAAAUGAUUGCCGAUGCUAAUAAGCGGCGCAAAUUCGACGAGGCUAGCAGUCUUGCUCAAAAUGUUGCGGAUUUGAAUAAAGAAAUUGAUCACGUCAACGGCAUGAUCAGCCAGUUAGAUUUUGAGGGCCUUUUUACCGGCGAUGCAAGUUAA